AUGAAACGACCAAUAUAUCUCUUAUUUGUAUUCCUACUCUUUAUUCAAUACACACUAUGUUUUAAUAAAAUAAUUGAUGAUAAUAAUACACCUAAUGGUGUAUUAAAAUCGAUGGGGAAUUCAUUAAGCUCUAUAUUACAUAACAAUAUAAAAAAUAUAAAAGACAUUUUUUUUAAAAACACUGGAAAUGUAACUAAACAUAUAACAAAUUUAAAUGAUGAUAUAUCAAAAAAUAUAAAUUAUAUCAAUUCAAUUUUUAAAAAAAGCCCAGCAGAAGAAUUGUAUAGAAUUGAUAAAUAUAGUAAAGAUCAGUUAAAUAAAUUAAAAGAAAAUCCAGAAAAUAAAUUAUUUUUCUCAAAAUUGUUUAAUUUUAAUUUUAAACCUUCAGACAAUACUAACAAUGCGACUGAAAUACCUCAACAAGAAAGUACAAGUGACGAAAAAACAGGAUUUUGGAAUUUUAUACAAAAUAUCAAUAAGGGUCAUGAUAAUAUUAAAGACAAGUUAGAAAAAGAAAAAAAUGAAAACAAAAAUGAAAGUAAAUGGUUCAAAUUUUUAUUCUCUUCAAAUGUGAACAAAAAUAAAGAAAAUGAAAAAGUCGAAAACAAUUAUAACAAUAAUAAUAGUACUAAUACUAUGAUUAAUAAAGAUAAUGAUGAAGAAAAUAAAUCAUAUUUUUUCUUUAGAAAAAAAAAAGAUAAAGAAACUGAAUCUAAAGAAGGUGUAAUAAACACAAAUAAUAAUGUGCAAAAUAAAUGGGCAAUUUUUGAUUCAUUUUUUUAUACUGAAAAUAAAAAUGAAGACAAAAUAGAAAAGGUAGAAAAUGUUGUUGAAGAAAAUAAAAAUAAUAAUGAAGAAAAAAAAUCCAGUUUUUUUUCUUUCUGGAAAUCUAAAAGUGAUGAAAAUGGAGAAAAAAAUGAAGAAAAAAAUGGAGAAAAAAAUGGAGAAAAAAAUGAAGAAAAAAAUGGAGAAAAAAAUGAAGAAAAAAAUGGAGAAAAAAAUGAAGAAAAAAAUGAAGAAAAAAAUGGAGAAAAAAAUACUAAUAUUCCGAACGAGAUUGAUGAAUCAACCUCAGGAAUUAUUAAUACACAAAAUAUAAACUUGAAUUUAAAAAAUAAAGAUGAUAAUAAAAAUUUAAUGAACUUAGUAAAAUAUUAUUAUGAAGACAACAAAAAUUUAAAUGAUGAAAAUUUAUUAUCUCUUUUAAAUACAGAGCAUAAAGGAGAUGCAUACGCAGACAUUUAUCCAUUGGCCGAGUUUAAAAUUUGUUUAAAUAAUUGUCACAAAAAUUUAGAAAAAAAUACUGAUGAAAAUGGAGAUAAAAAAAAAAUUAUAAAAAAUUUAUCUCAUACUAAUUAUAAAUCGUUAGAAAAAUGUAUUUCACAAUGUAAAAACAUGAGCCUUGAUAAUAUAAGUUUUAAAAAUAUAGAAAAAAAUGAAUAUGUUUUAAAUAUUAAAGAAAAUAAUAAAAUUUUCGAAAUUUUAAAAAAAGAUAAUACAAAUUUAAAUGAUGACUUAGCCCCCGCUUUUUCCGAUUUUCUUGCAUUUGAAAAAUAUAGUGAUAAUAACGAAAAAGAAGAAAAUAUAAAUAUGAAAAAUAUUUCAACAAAAUUAAAAAAUAAUAAUUUUUUAAAUAUGGAAUUUGUAAAAGAUAUUGAUUAUGAAAAAAACCAAAACGAGAUAGAUAAUAUUCAUGCACAAGAUUUGUCUACAACUUUAUAUAAUGCAAAUUCAAAUAUACAAAAUAAUGCUAUUAAUAAUUUACAAGAAAAAACUUUUGAUGUUUUAAGUAUAUUAGGAAAUAAAAGUGAUGAAACUAAAUUAAAUAAUUUGAAAGAAAAUACACAAUUUGAUGAAAAUCGUAAAAUAAAAAUUCAAUCCAAUAUAAAUGAUAAUAAUGAAAAUGAUAAAAAGCAUGGAUAUAUUUCUACAAGCUUUUUUCUAUUUAUGGUUUUAGUAACAUUUUUUAUAUAUCUAUCUGCUUUUACUAAUAUAAUUAAUCAGUUUUAUGUAUCAUUUAAAGAAAAAAUUAUAUUAUAUAUUAAAGAAUAUAAAAAUAAGUUAAAUCAAAUUAAUGGCGAAUCUUAUCAACCAUUUAUACCAAAAGACUUUAAUCAAAACUAUAGCGAAUCAGCUUCUUAUGAUAGUGCAUAUAAUCCACUUCAAAAUACAUAUGAAUUUCAUAAUUAA